AAAAGGCCAUUUUGUAUCGUGUUUUCAUUACAGAUCCUUGCAAAGUUACUCUUUCUGCCCGGGAUAUACACGAAGGACUGGACUCCCCUGCAAAAUCAGAACCUGCAACCUGGAUAAGAUGCACAGAACCACCCGCAUUAAAAUCACUGAUCUGAAUCCAAACCUUACGUGCCCGCUGUGUGUGGGCUAUUUCAUUGAUGCCACCACUAUCGUUGAGUGUCUGCACUCCUUCUGUAAAACCUGCAUCGUGAGCUUCCUUGAGACUAACAAGUUCUGUCCCAGGUGUGAAGUACAGGUACACAAAACACGGCCACUGCUUAGCAUCAGGUCGGACAAAACCUUGCAGGACAUUGUGUACAAGCUGGUCCCUGGGCUGUUCAAAGAUGAGAUGAAAAGGAGACGGGAUUUCUAUGCAGACAACCCUGCAGCUGAUGGAGCUAACUCUAGCGGAGAGGACCGGGAGGAGAUGAGGGAGAAGAGGAUGAUCACAGAUGAUGAAGUCCUCAGCCUGUCCAUCCAGUUUCACGAAGAAAAGAAAAAUGACAAGAAACCCCUGGAUCCAAGAGCUUCAGACAGAGAGAGGCCCAGCAGCAAACGUUUUUUGCGCUGUCCAGCAGCCAUGACAGUCAUGCACUUGGCCAAGUUCCUGCGCAGCAAGAUGGACAUCCCGAGCAGUUACCGGAUUGAGGUGAUGUACGAAGAUGAGCCCCUGAAGGACUACUAUACGCUGUUAGACGUUGCUUACAGCUACACAUGGAGAGGGAAUGGACCUCUGCCGCUGCGCUACCGUGUCCAGCCCCCCAGGAAGCGGCUGAAGCUGUCCCAGCCCAUGGAGUCGGCCCAUUCCGACGGGAUGAACACCAGCCCCACCUCCGACAGCGAGUCUCUCAGUGACAAAGCCAGCAGCCCCGCCACUCUCCCCUCCAGCUCCUCCCCCCUGCCCAGCCCUGCCCCCCACAGCCCCGCCCCCACCACCCCGUCCAAUGGCACCCCGAAUGGCCCCCAGCCACCACGGAGCUCCCAUAAGCCGGCGGCCAAUGUCGCUGGCCAGGGGCCGGCCAUCGCGGGAGGAGUGAAGAGAACUGGAGGACCGGCACCCACAAGUGCACUUCCCCUUACCUGA